UAGAAAGAGAGAGAGAGAGAGAGAGAGAGAGAGAGAGAGAGAGAGAGAAAAUGAAGUCUCCAUCAUCGUCGCCAUCGUCUUCUUCCUCUCUCCCUAGAAAACGUCGUCUCCCUCACUUCGUCUUCACCGUACUCGCCUUCGUCCUACUCGCUUCCAUGAUCUACGGCCACGAUUUCGUCUCCUUGUCCCGUAAAACCCACCAAAACCCGAUCCUCGAUGAACUCGGAACCCGUAGUAAGGCGGAAGAGCCACCGCCGAAGUCGCCGGAGAUACCUUUUGCGGUUGGGAAGGCGCUGGGCGAAUGCGAGUAUUUCAAAGGGAGAUGGGUCAAGGACGAGUCGACCAGGCCGCUUUACCGGGAAUCGGAGUGUCCGUACAUACAACCGCAGCUCACGUGCCGGGCACAUGGUCGGCCCGACAGCGACUACCAGUCUUGGAGAUGGCAGCCUGAUUCUUGCUCGCUCCCAUCGUUCAACGCGACAAUGAUGCUGGAGAGCUUGAGAGGAAAGAGGAUGAUGUUCGUCGGGGACUCUUUGAACCGAGGAAUGUACAAUUCUCUGAUCUGUCUUCUUCAUUCGAACAUUCCUGAACAUGCAAAAUCCAUGGAAACCCAUGGUUCUCUCACUGUCUUCUCCAUCAAGGAAUACAAUGCCUCAAUGGAAUUCUACUGGGCGCCAUUUCUUCUCGAAUCGAAUGCAGACAAUGCCGCCGUCCACAGAAUCUCAGACCGGAUUGUGAGAAAGGGUUCGAUCAACAAGCAUGGUAAACAUUGGAGAGGAGCUGAUAUCGUCGUGUUCAACACCUAUCUAUGGUGGAUGACUGGAUUCAAGAUGAAGAUCUUGGAAUCAGGUUCAUUCGAGGACGAGAACAAGAGAAUCCGUGAGAUGGAGACUGAGGAUGCAUAUCGGAUGGCGAUGAAGAGUAUAGUCAAAUGGGUGAAGAAGAAUAUGGAUCCAUCGAUGACCAGGGUGUUCUUCACUACCAUGUCCCCUACUCAUUACAAGAGCGAGGAUUGGGGAGGCGGAAGAGGUCAGAACUGCUACAACCAAACAACUCCUAUUCAAGAUCAGGCUCAUUGGCCAUCAGAUUGCAGCAAAAGUGUAAUGAGAGUGAUAGGAGAAGUCUUAGGCCGGAGAAAGGAUUUCCCGAUCACCGUCCUUAACAUCACUCAGCUUUCGGGCUACCGAAAAGACGCUCACACGUCGACAUACAAGAAGCAGUGGAGCCCUUUAACGAAAGAGCAGCUCGCCAACCCGGUAAGCUAUGCAGAUUGUAUACAUUGGUGCUUGCCUGGUCUUCAAGAUACUUGGAACGAGCUCCUCUUUGCCAAACUCUUUUACCCUUGAUUCUUCCUUUUCACCGUGACUACUGACUAGAAUUUUAUACUUAGAUCCAGAUUUUUUAGUCUGUCAUUGUAAAUGCUGGUUUCUUAGGAAUAUAUGUUACAUUGUAACCGGCCAAAUUACAUUGUAACCGGCCAAAGGAAAAAUGACAGCUUCUUACAUAGAUAAACACCAUGAUUCUUGGGAUUCAUUUUACUUU